AUGAUGCAUAGUGUGGAUUACCCUCUCUUGGAGGCGUUUAUUGAGAGGUGGCAGCCGGAUACCAACACGUUUCACAUGCCGUUCGGGGAGAUGACGAUCACUCUUCACGAUGUUUCAUUCCUACUCCAGAUUCCCGUGGAUGGAGAGUUACUUGCUGCACCAGCUAAGGGUGAUCUGUCGUUCGUGAGUGGGAUUGUUGAUCUUCUUGGGAUUCUAGAUAAGAAUGCAGUGGCAGCGCGUGGCAUCCGUUGGUAUGACGGUGGUGGGAUGUUGGUAGAUGAGGCCAUGACACGUCUACAUGCUAGGGAAGAUGGGGAUGCUGAGGCACGAUGCUAUUUAAUGUGUUUGAUAGGGUCCACGCUUUUUGUGGAUAAGAGUUCUGAUCGUGUUCGUGGAUGGUUGUACUCUUACUUCAGAGAUUUGCUGAUGGUUAGUAAGUAUGCAUGGGGUGCUGGGUGCGCUUGCCUGAAUGUAUAG